CUUUAAGGUGAGUGCUGAAAAAUGUGCUCAGCAGCGCCAAAAUAAUAUACUAUCACCUAGUCUCAUUUGAUUUAGCUGCUUGCAUGGAGAUUCUUCCUUAUAAUUUCCUCCUACUUCUCUCCUUGCUUCUCAUUCCUUCAUAUCUUCCUAUUACAAUCAAAAACAGAAGCUAUGGAAGUCGAACCAAACCCAACUUCCCACCUGGUCCUCCAAGUAGUUUACAUCAAUUUAUGAAACAGCCCCAUCAAGCAAUCGCACAACUAUCCAAAAUUUAUGGUCCAGUCAUGUUUAUACAAUACGGUCGUAUACCAACAGUCGUAAUCUCCUCUGCUGAAGAUGCCGAACAACUCUUCAAAACACAUGAUAUUGCGUUUUGCAAUAGAGUUCAACUUGCUGGGAGAAAACAGCUUUCGUAUAGUUAUGUGGAUAUGGCUUUAGUACUUUUUGGAGAGUACUGGAGAGAGAUUCGAAAAAUAAGCGCCCUUGAACUCUUUACUAAGAAAAGAGUGCAAUCUUUUAAGGUCAACAGGGAAGAAGAGGUUGAUGCUUUGAUUGAUUCCGUAUCUUCUUCUUUAGAUACUACUGCUGUUAACGUUUUCGAAAAGUUAGCAAGUUUCACACAUGAAACAACCUGUAGAGUUGCUUUUGGUCAGACUAGGAAACAGUUUGAUGGAAGACUUGUAGAACUUCUUCGUGAAGUCGCCAUUUUGACUAGUUUAUCUCCAUCCGACUACUUUCCAGAGGUGAGUUGGAUUAUCGAUAGGGUCACUGGAAUCCAUGGUAAAACAGAAAAAUGCUUUCAUGAAUUGGACGAUUUGUUGCAACAAAUCAUAGACGAAAAUGACAUCCCGGAACGACUGGAACUGGAGCACGAAGAUAUCAUAGACGUCUUGCUUAAACUAAUGAAGGCUCAAAUGAGUACAAUUCGUCUUACUAACGACCAUAUUAAAGCAGUUAUUCUGAAUAUAUACCUUGGUGGAGUAGACACAACAACUGGUGUAAUGACUUGGGCAAUGGCAGAACUGGCUAAAGAUUCCAAAUAUACGAUUGGGAAUUGCCUAAAGGAUUGAAGACAGGAGACCUAAACAUGGAGGAGUCAGUAGGGAGUAGAUAUGAUCCAUUUGAGCUUGUACCCAUCAAGCAUGUGUUUAAGAAGUAAAUCUUAUUAAGUGAAAA